UCUCAUGUCGUUUGGGACCGAGAAGAAGAAGCAGACCGCAGACGAUCUUAUAUUUGUACACAUUGGCAUAUAAAUUUAGGUUAGAUUAGAUGAAUUUACAAUUUUAUUAAAUAAAAAUCAACAAAUAUUGAUGUUGUCAAAUUUAAAAAUUGAUUCUAUUGGCUUAUUCAAACGUUUAUGAUGUCAGUGGAUUCUGUAGCAGCUAGACGAGAGGCUAGAAGACGGAAAAUUUUGGAAAAUUCUUCAAAUCGAUUAACAAAAAUAUUGGGUCAGCCUGCUGAUGCAUCCAUAACAGGUGACAUUCCUAUCACAGCGACCAGUGAGCACCAGACUCAGAAUGGAACAGCGCUCCAUGAACAACCAAUGGACUUGUCUUGGACAAGUGGAAUUGUAUCCAAUAGACAACUAGAAGAACAUGAUCAUGAUCGGAAUGACUUUUCAAAUUUCUUGACUGAACAAUCACUUCCAAGAACAACUAGUAUUGGAGCACAAGAAUCAGCUCCACAGGAGCAUUCCAAUCGUAAAGAUAAUAAAAGUUUGUGGAUCAUUUCUUAUAUCCUCCUGGGUCUUGUUGUAAGACUAAUGUUUGAGUUUGAUCUUGGAGUCCUUUUCGCAGAUUCGCUAUGUAUGCCUUUUGUAACGAUGCUGGUGGCGAGGUACAUGACCAAUCCAGAUCUGCUUGAAGGAGGACAAGAUGCAAAUGGACAAGGUUUCAUCAAAUUAGCCCUGAUGAUGUGUGGUAUCCGUCAGACAGCUCUCGACAAAGUAUUUCUAUAUCAAUCACUUAUCACGAAUGUUGUAUUUGAUUUCUCAUUGUAUUUCUUCUCCUUCACUUUGACACACGAGUUAUUCAGCAUUAUCUCACCAAGUUGCUGCCUACUGAAUUGAGUCGGGUCUGGUCAUCCAUCCCAUCAAAAUUUUGAGUGGUAUGGACACAAUUUAUUUUUAUAAACUCGUCAGUCGGUCUUUUCGUUUUUGUAUCCCCUCUUAAAAUUAAAUGAAAAAUGAUACAAUUGAUUUUUUAUUUAUAGUAAACCCCUGUCAUAAAAUUGUUUUUGUGUAUCAUUAGUUUUCUCCGUACUGUUUUUCAAAAAACACUUUUUGAGAAUUUUUCAUUUUUCUGGGACAACCUGUAUUUUAAAUAUUAUUUCUAGCAUUCAUUUAAUCUACCUUUAUUGUUAAUGAUUCUUAAUGUUCAAAUACAUUAUUUCGGCUAAGGAUCAAUAAAAUACUUCAAAUUAUGCAACUUAUUCUUACUUGUGAAUCUUCUUUUUGUCAAGAAUUUGUUCUACUAUUAUAAGCCUCAAAAUAUUUAGGAUCUCAAUACAAAAAAUUGGAAUGCUUGCAACCUAUUUAGUAAUAUUCCUCAUACACUGAUAUUUAUAUAUAUUGAUUUUGAGUCUACUACAUUAUUUUUGGUUCAAUUUCUUGUUCCAUGAAUACCUGGACAAUGCAAUUUAUAUACACAUAUAAUAUCACACAUGCCUUGAAUAUUUCACCAAUUUAGAUUUAGAUAUUGAAAGAUUUGAAUUGUACAGUGCUUUGAAUACUCAAUAGAUUACGUUUACAACGAAUUUCAUCACAUUUAUGUCAUAUUUUUAGAUGGAUAUACAAUAUUUAUAUUUUUUUGUUCUAUUCAAUAUAUCAGUCAAUUGACUCUAAAACUUAUUGUGAAGCGUUUUACAUUAUUUCCAAAGUAAUGAUUGAUAUAAUUUGUACAUUUUCAAAAAUUGGUAUGAGUUAUAAUUUACAUAUUUUGUUUUAUGUAUACUACUGUUGAAUUUAUCUAUUUAUGUGUAUAUUCCAAGUGACUGUCUAGGAAAAUUUUAUUUAUGAUACAUGUUUUAGUUUUUUAUUAUUGUAAGAAUGAAGGUUGAGUAUUGGGUAUACAGAGUCUGCCAAUAAAAUGUCAAUGCUAUUUUUUCCUAAGCAGCAGAGCAAACAAUAUUUUUUAUUGUUAUUCGUCCAGGUCAAAUAAUUGAAUCUUCCAAAAUCACUAAAACGGUUUUAAUAAGAGGUUAAACAGAGUCUGUGCUAGGUGACGUCACUACCAUCCAAGUGAACCAGAGAGCUUACAGUCUUUAAGAAAAAAUACUCCAAUAUUUCACUCCAUGCACCAUGAGAAAAGUUUUCAAACUAUUGGCAGACCCUGAAUAUGAAGAGUGGAUACAAUUAAAAUAAUACAGUACUUUCUCAUGCUUCCAUAACUUCAGUAGACUAUAAUGGGCGUACCUUACAUUAAGAUAAGUAGUUAUUAAGAAAAGAAUACUGGUAUUUAAAAAAUCUCUAGUAUUAAAAAUAAUAAUGGCUUGAAAGUUAAGUAAGAUUGUUGAUAAGUUUAGAUACAAACAUUUAAACAAUCAACAUUUUUUUAAAUUUUGGAAUAUUGUACAAAGUACAAGCAAUUGAAUCAAUAAUAUUCAAAUGCAGUAGAGUCUCGUUCAUCCGAGCUAAUAUGGACUAGAGACACUUACACUUGUAAAACUUGGAUAUAACAUUAUACUCUGUCCAAACUGCCAUGAGCCCUGAAAGAUUAAGCCGACACUCUCUCCCCCACGCGCAGGCACACACACCCAGCCCACCUGCGCCAUUGAUAUAAUAUGUAUACUACGUAGUAUACAAGUACUGUCCCUCCACUCACACAUACAAAUGGAGACUGCGCUUGUGUGAGUGAGUAGUAGGAGGGUUGGCCUAAUCCUUCAGAGCUCAUGCCUGUUUGGACAGAGUAUAGGGUUAGAGCAAUAUAAUAAGAGACUGGCCAAAUUAAUAACGUUAGUUAUUGAAGAAGUGAAUAGUUUCACUUUCUUUUGAAACCCCAUAGCGAUUAGUAUGAUGAAGUUUGAAUAAAGCCUACAGAAAAACCUUGUUCUGAAUAAUAACAGUACGGUAGGCCUAUUACCCAUCUACUAAUAAGAACCGUAGUGAGUUCUGAAUGUAAUAAAGUGGUAUCUUCUUGCUCAACAUUUUCCAGUUUAUUAGAAAUUUAGAGGUCUUCAAUUUUUUAUGUUGUUAGUAGUUAUCACUAUUUCCAGUAAUUUGUCUUUGUUUUCGAGUUGAAUAAUUCAAUUUGAAAAAUUACAUUUGGAAUAUUGCAUAUAAUGCAACUGAAACAGUUUUGGACAUAAGCCCAAAAUUUUACUAGCUUUCUAGCUUAUAACAAAAUAAAUUAUUGAUGGUGAACAAAAUGCUCGUUGAGCGAGACUAUAAUAGGACUACAGAAUAAAUAGGACUACAGUAAGGAUAAAUGUUAAAAUUAAGACUUUUCAAACAAAAUUGAAUUGAAAUAGCUAAGCCUUCUUUUUUGCCAGCUUGAUACACAAAGGUCGAACAGUACUGUUGGGGACUUGCAUAAAUCGAGGCUCUACUGUAUUCAUAAACUUUUUAUUUAAACUCAGUAAUGAAACUAUAGUCAGAAGUAUUAGUUAUAAUUUCAAUUGUGUGAUUAUUGUACGUUUAGGCCUUGUCAAGUUUUCUUCUGAAACUGUAUUUGUUACCGUAAUUAUUUGUUUCCUGAAUAUUUCUCAAGUCAUAAUAUUACAUUGCAAACAACGUGAUUUCUCUUGUGUUUUAAAGUUUUUUUGUCAUAGAUAUAUGUUCUCAAAUAAGCACAUGAAUUUGAUUCAAAAAUUUAUUAUCUAGGAAUGGAGAUACAUAUUAUUUAUUUUUCUCUAUGUUCGUUCAACUUAGGAAAUCUUAGUUUAUAGUAUAUUUUCAGUGUUUGCAAUCCAAUAUUGAGCAAUAAACGAAGACUGAUAGAUUUAUUCAUGAUAAUUGUCUGUGCACGUCUGUAGAUGUAAUUUAC